AUGGAUACUGACACUCAAACCAGUACCUCAAACCAGUACCACAAACCAGUACAUCAAACCAGUACCACAAACCAAUACCUCAAACCAAUACCUCAAAUCAGUACCUCAAACCAGUACCUCAAAUCAGUACCUCAAACCAGUACCUCAAAUCAGUACCUCAAAUCAGUACCUCAAAUCAGUACCUCAAACCAGUACCUCAAACCAAUACCUCAAAUCAGUACCUCAAACCAGUACCUCAAAUCAGUACCUCAAACUAAUACCUCAAACCAAUACCACAAACCAAUACCUCAAACCAAUACCACAAACCAGUACCUCAAACCAAUACCUCAAACCAGUACCUCAAACCAGUACCUCAAACCAAUACCUCAAACCAGUACCUCAAACCAGUACCUCAAACCAGUACCUCAAACCAAUACCUCAAACCAGUACCUCAAACCAAUACCACAAACCAAUACCACAAACCAGUACCUCAAACCAAUACCUCAAACCAAUACCACAAACCAGUACCUCAAACCAAUACCACAAACCAAUACCACAAACCAGUACCUCAAACCAAUACCUCAAACCAAUACCUCAAACCAAUACCACAAACCAAUACCACAAACCAGUACCUCAAACCAAUACCUCAAACCAAUACCACAAACCAGUACCUCAAACCAAUACCUCAAACCAAUACCACAAACCAGUACCUCAAACCAAUACCUCAAACCAAUACCUCAAACCAAUACCACAAACCAAUACCACAAACCAGUACCUCAAUAUACCUAA